AUGGCUCCUGGUGCCAAAGAGGCUCUGGAGCUGGGCAUCAAUGGCCCGGAGGGGAUUGAGAUCAGUCGACCAGAGGAGCUUGAGUCUGAGGCUACUCACAGGGCUAUCACCAUCGCCAACAGGGCUCACUGCCCGAUCUACCUGGUGAAUGUGUCCAGUGUGUCUGCCGGAGACAUGAUUGCUGCUGCUAAGAUGCAAGGUAAAGUGGUCCACGCAGAGACCACAGUAGCUCAUGCUGUUCUGAACGGGAUGCACUACUACCACCAGGACUGGAUUCAUGCUGCCGCCCACGUCACCGUCCCUCCUCUCCGCAUCGACCCCAACACACCCAGCUACCUCAUGGGCCUGCUGGCCAAUGACUCUCUGAGUGUGGUGGCAUCGGAGCACCGUCCAUUCAGCACCAAGCAGAGAGCUCUGGGUAAGGAGGACUUCACAAAGAUCCCUCAUGGGUUGGCUGGAGUCCAGGACAGGAUGAGUGUCAUGUGGGAGAGGGGAGUGGUUACAGGGAAGAUGGAUGAGAAUCGUUUUGUGGCAGUGACGAGCUCUAACGCUGCAAAGAUCUACAACCUGUACCCACGCAAGGGUCGUAUCAUCCCCGGAGCUGACGCUGAUCUGGUGGUCUGGGACCCAGAUGCAGCGAGGUACACAGUUAUAUUCAAACAGGAAGACACCAAAUACUGGCUGCUAAUGCUUUAUUGAGUUAAACAUGUAUUGGUA